UUGAGGAAAAAUGGUUAUAUCCAAGAAAACAAUUAUACAAUCAUUCGCUCUUAUGAUUAUUAUAGCUAUAGUCAUGAGCACGACGGAAGCAAAAACCAUAGGCAAUCCAGCUAUGCGAACAGAUGAACCCAAAGGUUGUCCUCCUGGGUCUCCACCAGGUUGCAAGAUGCAACCGGCUAACCCAUACACACGAGGUUGCGAACCUAGCCAUAGAUGCCGUGGUGGUUAAUACAGUAAAAUAUAUCUUUUUUGAAAAUAAAGAAAUAAUUUUACACAAAUAAGAAUUAAUUUUUCAUAUUUUUUUUUGUAAUUAAACUAUGAAAUACCAAAAUUUUGUAACUAUUUUACGAGAAUAACUUUUUUAAAAAGUAGUAGCUAGUUGAUAUACUAGUAUAGUAAGCUACUGAUAUAUUGUUAAUUGAUCUAAAUUGUGUAACCA